AUGUCGGCUCCCAAAGAUGACAUCGUUGUUACUCGCGUGGACCGGGAUGUUCACAACAAGCCCAUCAAUGAGGCAACAGAAACGACGUCGCUGCUGAGUGCGGGCGCUCCCGACGGCGACAGCUCUUGCAAGGAUACAUGGCCUGGCUACGCCGACUUCGAGGGCUUGCCGUGGUGGAAGACACCAUCUGUUUACUGGCUUCUCGUCCCGUAUGCCCUCUUCACCCUGGCCUUUGGAGGCUCUUUGGUGCCCAAGCUGAAUUUAAUCGUCGACUUGGUUUGCCAGCGCCAUUUCGCCGACCAGACGGUCCUGGACCCGGCGUUCGUCUACACACCCGUAAUCCUUGGCGCCGAUAACCCCCAGUGCCUUAUUAAGGAGGUUAAGAAGCGCGUUUCCAUGUUUACCCUGGCCAUGAACCUCAUCACCGGAAUUUUGUCCGCCAUCACCGCGCCCAGGUUGGGACAGCUGUCCGACCGAUAUGGCCGAAGAAAACUCCUCGCCCUGGCGUCCUGCGGCGGCGUCGUGGCCGAGUUGACCGUCAUUCUAUGCGCCAACUUCCCAUGGACUUUUCACUACAACUGGUUGCUCCUCGGCGCCGUCGCUGACGGACUGACAGGAUCUUUCACGGCCGGUAGUGUGCUCAUCAAUUCGUAUACGAGUGACUGUACCCGGCCCUCCCAGCGUGGCGUGCGCAUCGGCUACCUCCACGCCUGCCUGUUUACGGGUCUGGCUUUCGGACCGCUAUUGACGGGCUACUUCGUCGCCUGGACCGGCACCCUUCUCUCCGUCUUCUACGUCACUAUGGGUUGCCAUAUCUUCUUCAUCAUUUUUGUUGGGUUCAUCGUUCCCGAGUCGCUCAGCAUCAAGCGCCAGCUGCGCGCCCGCGAGAAGCACGAUCAAGAGCAGAAGCCUGUGGUGAGGGGGACUUGGUCGACGCUCAAGGCCGCGAACCCGCUGGCCCCUCUCAGGGUCCUUUGGCCCACAGGCAAGGGUACCUCGUCGAGGCUGCGUCUCAACAUCAUUGCCCUCUCCUUCACCGACAUGAUCUUCAUCGGCGCGGCGAUGAGCGCAGGCACCGUCAUUCUGCUGUACUCGGAGUCCCCAGAGGCCUGGGGUUGGGGCACCUUGGAGAGCUCGCGUUUCAUCUCGGCCGUGUCCAUGGUUCGUGUCGUGGCGCUCCUCGUUGUUCUCCCUACCAUCAACUACGUCUUCCGUCUGAGGCCUGCGGCCUACCGGAGAAGGGUCUCGGGUGUCUCAUUAGUGGAAGGAAACCACGGCGCCGACACUGUUGACUGCUGGAUUCUGCGCUUCUCAUUGCUCUCGGAUGUCACCGGCUCGCUGGGCUACAUUUUCGCUAGGAAUGAGGCCAUAUUUGUGCUCUCCGGUAUGGUGACGGCUUUUGGUGGGCUCGGCAGCGCGACGAUCCAAGCAGCCAUCACAAAGCACGUGCCUGCUGAUCAGGUGGGACAGCUUUUGGGUGCUAUCGGGGUCCUCCACGCUUUGUCGAGGGUGUUGGGUCCCAUCGCUUUCAACACGCUCUACUACGCGACAGUUGGUGUGUUUGACCAGGCCAUCUUUGUCCUCCUCGCGUCCGUGUUUGGUUUGGCUUUGUUGGCAAGCUUUGUUGUACGCCCUGGUGUGUACCUCGAGGAGACGUAUGAGCCUGUGCCAACAUCGGAACCGCAAUCCAGCGUCCAGGCCAGCUCGGAAGCGCUGGAGGUGUUGACGGAGGACGAAUUGAUAUUCACCAACUGA